AUGGCUUUGCUUAUUCCUACGACCCAUUUGAGUUUUCUUGCUGAUAUUGUGGGGGUUUCUUUGAUGGCUUGCCGACGGAUGCACCGUGUCGUGGGCUGGAUGACAGCCAUUCUCCUUGGAUUCCACAUCACCUUGCUCAUGAGCAAUCAUCAGCGGGACUGGAGUUUGAGAAAAGAAAAGAACUUUUUCGCUCUUAUUGGUGCCGUAUCGACGGGGGCUCUCGUCUGCUUUUCUUUCUCCUUCAUCCGCCAACAUCUGUUUGAGAUGUUCAUUCGCACACAUCAAGGUCUAGCCGCGGUUUUCGUUUAUUCAACAUGGCGUCAUUUAUCAUCUACUGCCUUUGACUCUCAGAUCUACAUCUACGUAUCGCUCGGCCUACUAGGGAUCACGACCGUGGUGCAUAUAGCUCUCUUCGUUUUUCGAAAUGGAGUUUUCCCAUCGAGACCCCAUCCACGAGCAUCAAUCACCUGUGCAAGAGCAAAAGAAGGACUAGCUCAUGUCGGUCAGGAGGGGACGCCAUUAAGGGUCCGUGUGCUUUUGUCCAGACCCCUGCGAGUAAAGGCCGGUCAAUAUGUGAAUCUUUGGAUGCCCACCGUCAGCCUCGUUUCCUGGACUCAAUCCCAUCCAUUCAUGGUGACAUCGUGGUCUCCAGAAAAGCAGAACGUUCUGGAAUUUUUUGUCCAAUCACGACGAGGACUCACAAAAACUAUUCAUUCUCGUGCAGCUUUGGAUGGUUUUGCGUCGUACACCGCAUUUGUGAGCGGCCCGUACGGAGCUAGCAAAUCUAUGGACGACUACGAAUGUGUCUUGGCCGUAGCUACCGACUUUGGCAUUGCUGGGGUCAUUUCUUAUCUGAAGAAACUUGUUUAUGGAUAUAAUACCUCCACCUCAUAUGUCCGGCGAGUUCAUUUUGUUUGGCAGGUGCAAAGUUUAGAUAUUGCUGUCGCUGCCCAAUCUUUCUUGAAUGACCUUCUGAGCGACGAUGUUCUGGAUAACGGCUAUAUCCUCGAAAUCUCAUUUUACGUCAAUUUCGGAAGACUGAAAGAAGCCUUUGGCAUUCAUGGACGUGCUGCGGUAUUCAAUGGCGAUCCUAAUUACGAAAAUAUUGUUUUGGAAGAAGCUUCUGGUAAAUAUAUUUCCAGACUUCCAAAUACAAGUCAGGAACAAGGUAAGGCUCUUGUUCUAGAGUACGAGACGAGUUGA